CAACCGGCUUGUCCUAGUGAAAGAGGCACAUCUGCACUCUCCCAUCUAGAGAGAGGGGGCUCUGUGCUCUGGAUCCAGCACAGGGGGAGCCCAGACACUUUCAAUGGAGGAGCAGCCUGGCCAGCAGCACCACCACCACCAUCAUCACCACAACUACCACCACCAUCAUCACCACCACCUCCACUCACAGCCUUCACACAGCACCUACUACUACUACACCCCAAGCGUGCAGCAUGGAGCAGAGGGCAACGUUAAAUAUCAGCCAAAGGCGAUAAAACAUGACAACAAACACGCCCUACAACAUCAGGAAGCACACCAGAAGAAAACAGGGCAUGGAGAGAUAAAUGGUACUACAGGUGAUCGUCACAACCCUACAAGGAUCCUGGGUUCUGAGAAAUCCGCAAGCCAGACUGCCACCAGGGUUACGAACGGCAGCCAGCAGAUCACUGCCGACCUUAACACCAAUUCUAGGCACCUGGCUAAGACUAAUAAUUUUGGCAAAACGAGUAACAAGACUAAAACUUUGCUCCAAAAAAACAGUAUGGACAAAAAGAAUGAAAAGACUUAUGAAAGCAAACCUAAAGAUAUCAAAUGCACAGAGAAAGUGGAGGCUGGGCUUAUUCAAAACGGUUUGCUUUCAAAUAACUCUGGUUUUAUAACGAAUGGCUAUGUGAGCAAAGGUGCAGAUAAUGAUGGCAGUGGAUCUGAGAGUGGAUAUGCCACACCCAAAAAAAGGAAAGCCAAGUGUACCAAUGCCAAGCCUGCUGAGAGCUCCAACCUUCUGACUGGCAAAAUGUCAGACUCUGAUAUGAAGCUGGAUUCUGAAAAUGUCAAAUCUGAGGGUUUUGCAGAGCAGAAGGGAGUGGCUGGACUGGACAAUGGUAAAGCCUCUUGGAAAUGUGAGUCUGGAUCUACAGGCACCGGUCGGGGAAAACCAAACUCUGGUGAUAUACUGAGGAAAAACUCGGAUGCCAAACCUAUUGCUGGAAAAAAGUUUGAUGACCGGCCCAAAGGGAAAGCCUCCCCAGUCACUUCCUCUAAAGAGGACUCCUGGACACUGUUUAAACCACCUCCUGUUUUCCCAGUUGACAAUAGUAGUGCUAAAAUAGUUCCCAAAAUAAGUUAUGCAAGCAAAGUUAAAGAAAACCUCAACAAAGCAGCCCAGAACAAUCCUGUGUCCUCUUCUUCCCUUCCUUUCUCUUCUCAACCUGGGGAAACUUCAGCUUUGAACUGCGUGUCCCAGGUUCCCAUGUCUGCCAUGAAGUCUGUAUCUACAGUUAACUUUGCCAAUGGCCCCCUUUUAGUAGGCGCUGAUGGGGGUUUUAUGGCUGCUGCUAGUACUGUAUCACACACACUGCCUGGGGGAGCAGAGCCUUCAUCUCUAGAAUCCUCUCUUGCCUCUUCAAAUCCCCCUGAACAAAAGAAAUCUGGCCUUUUUAAAUUUUCUUCAAAUAUGCAACAUGCCCUGCCUGACGUGGUGCAGGGAGAAGCGUCUGGACCGUCAAAUCAACACAGCUUGGGAGAAAUUUUCCAGAAUCAGUGGGGCUUGUCUUUUAUAAAUGAACCCAGUGUUGGCCCUGAGGCUGGAACAGACAAAACAGAGAUUGGGCCAAUGGUCUGGGAGCACCCUACCCCACAGGUUUCACAGGGGGCCGAAGUUGUUUCCUCAGGAAAUGAGCGCUCAGUUUUCCCUAAGGCCUAUGAGCUGGAGAAACGGACUAGCCCUCAAGUUCCCGAUGGUGCCAUGCUGAAAGCAGCUCAUGGGUCAGGGGGAGAUGGGACUGUGUUAUCUUUAGGACCACAGCAUUUAGGAGAGCUGCAAAAGCCUGAAGCUGCUAGCCAGGGUUCAUUAGUGUUUCAGUCCAAGGUCUUGGAAAUAGAAGUAACUCUUCAGACCUCCCUGAAAAACACUUUACAGACCUCCGCCAAAGAUAAGAGGUACCACGGAGAUCUUGAUUGCAAAGAUAGCUGGGGUUCUUUUGACCUGAGGGCUGCUAUUAUCUAUCACACUAAAGAAAUGGAAUCUAUUUUGAACUUGCAAAAACAAGAUCCCAGUAGGAUAAUCACUUAUAAUGAAGCCAUGGACCACCCUGAUCUCUGAGACUACUGCCUUGGGAUUGCUGGCUUUUUUUCCUAAGUCAUUUCAUCAGUGCAUGAGAGACCGUGCCUGGCGAUCAUGCCCCUUUCUUUAAUGUUGCGUGUAACCGCAAAGGAGAGAAAAUAAACAUAAAAGGAACCUAAGUAGAAUC